AUGGCGCUGGCUGUUGUUCGAUCUUGCGUUAUGUCAGCAAGAGUAACUAUUGGUCAGCUGAGAGUCUUGCAAUCAAAAGCAUCUUGUCACGCUCAAGGAGCUGAGUUUGUAAUGAGGAUUGCAUCAAAGAUAAGAUCCUUUUCUUGUCUUCCGUCGUUCUACAGCCUCAACCCACCUGUCAUUGAAGAAAUCAAAUAUGGAUCUCACAUAAUUAACCUGGAGUUUGGAUCUGAUGAACAAAAUCGUACUUGUAUCUUGUGUCACAUGGAUGGCACUGCCGUACAGUCAUGUGUUAUGGUGUCCCACGACUACGACAACUACAACGAUAAUAAGGUCUUAGAGGUUUUUUAUAAUGAGACGCCAUAUGGUGAAAGUUUGGAAACUCUUGAGGCUGCAAAUGGUAAAAGACGGGAAUUUUAUAACCCAACAGAUCAAGAGGUUCAUUAUAAUGAUUGGACGAGGAGAUAUGGUCAAAGAUGGGACCCUCGUGAUCCAACAGAUGGAGAGGAGGUUUAUUCUGAUGAGAUGACAGAUUAUGAAGAAAGCUGGGAAGAUCUUGAUCUUGGUAAUGAUCCGAUGUCUGAUAGCGAUUUCCAGGAAAUUAACCAACCAGAUAGUGGAGAGAUGAUAUGUUGUCACUUAAUUGAUAGAUCGAUAAGACCAUUAUUUCCUGAAACGCUCUACGCUAACAUUACGGUAUCUUCACGUCUUUUAACAUCAAACUCAAAACAUAAUGCUGACUUAAUGGGGACCAUUGCAAGUUCAGCUGCUCUUAUGAUAUCAAAUAUCACUCCGUCUGGACCUUUAGGAGUCAUCCGCAUUGGAAGGAUUAAUGAAAAACUCAUAGUAAAUCCUACUGAGGACGAGGUGCUCUGCAGCGCAAGAAUUGGUGAACCUGGAGAAGCACAAAGCGCUGAUUCUCUUGAUGUUCUCCCAAGAAAAAGAUUUAGUGUCGUAGAAACUUCUUCAGCUUCAAGGCGUAAAGAGGGUCGAGGAAUGUUUGUUGAGAAAGCGUUGCUUGCUGUCAUUCCCCCUGAAAGAGAUUUUCCAUAUACUAUAAUCGUUAACCCAACGGUAUUAUAUGCACAUGGCUCUUCAUCGACGACAAGUAUUUGUGCAGGUAGUAUAGCUUUGAUGGACGCCGGAGUUCCUCUACAAUGUCACGUUGCAGGUGUCUGUUUAGGUCUUGUCAGUGAUGAUGAUAAAUUGGACGGAAACCUAGAGAACUACAGAAUAAUAACUGAUAUAUCGGACGUGGAACAUCAUCUAACAGAAAUGGAUUUGAAAAUUGCUGGUACACGAAAUGGUAUAACAGCAAUUCAGUUGGAUGUAAAGCCAGGUGGAAUUCCGUUAGAUAUAAUUUGUGAAGCUUUGAGUAAUGGACGCGAAGCCCGUCUUCAAGUUCUUGAUCACAUGGAGCGAGUUAUAAAUUCCCCAAAAGAAACUUGUCGUUACAACAAGAUCGAAGAUGCCUGA